AUGCAAUGCUGGAGGCGUUCUCUGUCUCUGUCUCAUUUGCAGUGUCGCCGACAUAACUCAACGGAUGCUGUCAUCCUUCGGCCGUACCAAGAACACUGUCUACAGGCAUGCACUGAAGCUCUUGCUUCUGGUUCGACGCGAAUAGGCGUCUCUUUGCCGACGGGGGCAGGCAAAACGACAGUCUUUAUAUCUCUACUGUCGCGUAUUUCUCCGCCUCCAGAAAAUAUGCAAGCCACAAGAUCUCUCAUUAUUGUCAACACCAUCGAACUUGCUCAUCAGGCCGCUACCAGAGUUGCAAGACUAUUCCCCAACUGGACAGUGGAAAUUGAACAAGGCACAAAACAUCAGGCAACUGGUACAGCAGAUAUCACUGUUGCGACAUAUCAAACGCUGAACAAUGAACGUCGUGCGAGCAAAUUUGACCCCCUCAAGUUAAAGGCUGUCAUUGUUGAUGAAGCACAUCACGCUGCUGCUCCUUCUUAUCGUCGAUUACUGGCUCGAUUUCAUUCCGAUAUUAUUGUCAAAUCAGAGCUCGAUGAAGAUAACGAAGAUCAUGCACCUAAGGAUUCCGGCAGGGAGGACUUGAAAAGCAAUGCAGAAUUCGACACUACGGUAGCAAGUUAUGAAGUUAGCACACUUCCCAAGGUUCCUAUCAUCGGGUUCUCAGCAACCUUCGGGCGUCACGAUGGUUUAGCUCUGAGUUCAGUGUUCGAACGCAUUGUAUACCACCGAGAACUGGCAGAAAUGAUGUUGGAAGAAUGGCUCUGCAAAGUUCGGUUCAUAGGUGUCGAGGCGGAUUUGGACCUGAAAAGGGUAACUAUCAGCUCCCACAAUGGUGACUUCAAUCCGACAAGUCUCGCGCAUGUUGUAAACACCGAAGCUAUCAACAAAAUCAUUGUGAAAUCUUGGAUCUUCCAUGCUUCUCAAAAGAAGUCCACUCUCAUUUUUUGUGUUAACAUUGCCCAUGUGGAAGCCUUGACCAAUACUUUUUGUGAGGCUGGGAUUGAUGCACGGUCUAUUUCCGGUAGGACUCCUGCAGACAUACGAAAAUCGACUAUCCAAGCUUUCAAGGAGGGCGAAUUCCCCGUCCUUCUGAACUGCGCGAUCUUGACGGAAGGCGCUGAUAUACCAAACAUAGAUUGUGUCAUGAUUGCUCGACCAACAAGAUCUCGCAACCUGUACGCCCAAAUGAUUGGACGUGGGAUGCGCCUUUCGCCAACCACUGGUAAAGAGGACUGCCUACUCAUGGAUUUCGUUGAUACCCAUGAUCGAAUGAAUGAAAAUUUGGCUGUAACACCCUCUCUCUUUGGUCUGGAUCCCAAUCUCAUUUCAAAAUCUGAAUCUAAAUCCCAGGAAUCGGAUCCCAAAGUUUCUUUCUCGCCCACGCCAAUUGACAUCUCUGACCCCAAAAACGUAACAUUCACGGACUACGGAGAGAUUUUUUUGAAUCAUUUACUGCCGGGCAGUAAACCAUCGCAUAUUUAUUCGUUAAGCAGUCUUGCAUGGGUUGACUGUGGCAAGAACUUAUACAUACUCGAAGUCCUCAAAAAAGGGACUAUCCGUCUCAAGAAAGAAGGAGGGGGUCGUUUUGUUAUCACCUAUAAUCCCAAACUCGGAUAUGGACCACAGAAAAUAUUUAUGAAAUCUAAGGAAAUAGCAACCAGAGAAGAUUUACCUUCGGCUGUCAAAACGGCAGAAGUAUUUCUUGAGCGUGUUCUCCUCAAGGACAAUGGCGGCUGGGAACUCGCAGCGUUACGUCGAAGUGCGAAGUGGAGAAAGGAACCUGCAACAGACCAGCAACAAAAGUUUGUAAUGGGUAAAUGGACCGAAAAAAUUUCUCCCGGUAUGACUACAGCACAGAAAAAGGAAAUAUUAGCAAGUUUAAACAAGGGAAACAUUGCGGAUAUCAUCACACGCCUUCUAAAUGGCUCAACAUCUCACAUGCAAAGGUUGGCAGCCGCAAUGACAAAAAAAGCAGCUAAAGAAGAGAAAGAAAAGGCUCGUCGUUCUAGGGAGACAGUCACCGUCGGACCUCUACCUGCCUAA